UUUUCUUUUAACUUUUUCAUGUGGAAUUGUCUACCAACCUGAUUCCCCCAACACCAACACAACACUCCCUCCAGAUUCCAACAACGAUCUAAACAAUUCCUCUAUUAUUCUUUUCCACCGCGGAAACGUUUUUGGAAUUCUUCGGCAAGGCAAAAACCGAAUAAAUGAUUUUCGACUUCCCUUUACUGCUCCCCAACUAUCCCCUGCUCAGAUUAAUGGAGGAGGGACUGUUGGAGGGAAGAAAGGGGUUACUCCAAUUAAAAAUAAAAUGAUGGCUUCGUUUCAAUUGUCAAAUUAUACGUUUGCCAGUCUUUUCUUUUGGAUGGACCAAUACAGGAAAUUUGACUACGAGAUAAGCCAGUCAACAAUUAAAGACCCUGAAGUUGCUGGUUAUUUAAGGACGGAAUGUGGAGCUAAGGAAAUAUGUGCGGGAACACUAUUUCCAGCCCUCUCCCAAAAUUUCCCAAAUGGCGUUGUUGCAAUUAAAACCAGAACUAUUAAUUUUCCUUCUGUUUUGUUUGAACGUGGAAAGGCUGUUGUACUCGUCGAAAGCAAAAUUGAUGCUUUUGUAAAUCACUCUUCCCAACAACAAAACCGACGGUUUCUAAGUGCAAAUAUGUAUGCCAAACUUAAUCUUCAAAACUCAACAUUUUUGGACUAUUUAUUUCGUGCCGAACUAGCAAUUGACACAUUUGAAAUUUCUAAUGUUGUUAGCAUGGUUGAUGGUAUCGAUGCUGGUUCAAUCGAAUUCCUUGUUAAUGCACUCAACGAGCUGAUUAUCGCAGAGGAUAUGAAACGCAAACUUCAAGACGGAAUUAAAAUGCCCGUACUUCUCGACUUUGAACAGAUUGGACCAGGCUUAAUACGCUUUGAGGAUGGAGUGUUAUUGUUAGGAGCAGAUUUUUGUUUUGAGGAGAAUUGUAUAAAACAAGAAAAAAGUUUGUUAAUGUUAGCAGAAAGCCAACAAAGUUUAGACAUGGACGCAAAUUAUUAUGAUAUUAGUACUUGA